AUGGCAGUCCUCGAACAAUUUGAUUACAUUUUUGCCAUUGGCAUGAUCUUUGCUUUCCUCGAUGCUUGGAACAUCGGUGCAAAUGAUGUUGCGAACUCCUUUGCUACUUCCGUCUCUUCCAGGUCGUUGACGAUGAAGCAAGCUAUGAUGAUAGCCACUGUAAUGGAAUUUGGUGGUGCCGUUGGUGUUGGUGCUCGUGUUGCAGACACUAUCCGAGGCAAAAUUCUUUCAACCAAGGCUUUCGAGGCAGAACCGUCUGUCUUGAUGUUGGGAAUGACAUGUGCUCUAGUAUCUUCUUCUCUUUAUUUAACACUAGCCACAAGGCUAGGUCUUCCCGUUUCAACUACUCAUAGCAUAAUUGGAGGGGUGAUAGGAGUAGGUAUUGCAGCGAUAGGAGGAGAUGGGGUCAACUGGGGCUGGAAUGGAGUAUCACAAGUAUUCGCAGCCUGGGUCAUCGCACCAGGAAUCGCUGGUGCUUUUGCAGCUAUUCUCUUCCUGGUCACAAAGUACGGUGUUAUGAAACGAAAGGAUCCAGUGCGCGCUGCACUUAUUAGUAUUCCAUUCUAUUUUGGACUUACCACGGGCUUGUUAACCAUGCUUAUCGUCUGGAAAGGCGCUGCUUCCGCAUCAGCAGCCGUCAAAACAUGGGGACCCGGCGAAUACGUCGGUGUAAUUGUCGGUACCGCCAUCGGUUGUGCUCUUCUAUCUGCUGUUUUCCUCCUCCCAUUUUUGUACCGAAAACUAGUGCUCAACGAUUGGCAACUCUACUGGUGGCAUAUUCCUCAGGGCCCAUUGCUGCUUCGACGCGGAGAAGUUCCUCCUAACACCUCUGGACGCGAGGUCAUCCAGAAUUAUUACAAAGGACACAAGACGCGCGCAGAGCUUGAUGCCGAAGGCUCGGACAAUGUGAGGAAUCUACAUAGUGAUGACGUUGAAUCAAAAAGAAACGAGGAUGCAGAUGAAAAGCAUGGGAUUUCAUUUGUCUCGCCUGCCUCUUCGAAUAUCGGGUCUUCAACAAGGGAUGAGACAACAGCAACUCCUGUCAUCACAAAUGAAGAGCCCAUACCGGCAAAACCUUGGUAUGAAUCUAAAACACUCUUAGCCACAGCAAAACGUGUCUUCUUCCACGGUGUUUCCGUCGAUGUCGUUGCCGAACAGAAGAAAUCCUCUAUCCUUACUGGCAAUCUCGAAGCUAUGCACGCCCGUGCAACCCACUACGAUAACAAGGCUGAGCAUACCUAUUCGUUCUUACAAGUACUGACUGCCGCCACUGCAUCCUUUGCUCACGGAGCUAAUGAUGUCUCAAACGCCGUUGGACCUCUUGCUGCUAUCUAUUUCAUCUGGCACACCGGCUCCAUCCAAUCUAAAUCACCUGUGCCGGUAUGGAUUCUAUGUUAUGGAGCCGGUGCCCUCGUCAUCGGUCUUUGGACAUACGGAUACAACAUCAUGCGCAAUCUCGGCAACCGAUUAACACUGCAUUCCCCCUCUCGAGGAUUCUGCAUGGAGCUCGGUUCUGCUAUAACUGUUAUUAUGGCCACCCGACUUGCAUUGCCCGUGUCUACUACCCAAUGUAUCGUUGGAGCUACGGUUGGAGUCGGACUUGUGAAUGGGGAUGUGAAGAGUAUUAAUUGGCGAAUGGUGGGAUGGAUUUAUAUGGGAUGGAUCAUUACGUUGCCGGUUACGGGUAUCAUUUCGGGGUGUUUGAUGGGUCUCAUUCUGAAUGCUCCAAGAUGGGGAAUGGGCGUUUGA